AAGAGAGACCACAAACGACUGGGUCCUGUCUUCUUGACAGCUUUGGCUGUCAAUGUUAACCUGUCAAUUUUCAGCCUCGCCGAUAAAUAAGGACAUUCGGUGGAAUUUAUAUUGAUCCCUUAUGACCGGAUGAGCUUGAUUCGAAUUGGAAAAAUGUUGGUGCUGCAGAAACUAUCGCGAGGUCUGACCUUGACUCUUCUGAGGAGGACCAGCUCGUCUGCCGUGACAUCAGCGGCGAAAUUACCUGCCGAUUCGCCAGACGCGCCCAAGCAGAAUGAGUCAGAUAGCAAGAAACCGCGCAGUAGUCUCGUGGCUGCUGCAUUUCAAUCGCUGAAGACAGAUGAUUCGGCGGCUCCAGAAGCAGCUUCGCCAACCCAGGGCGCAUCCCAUUCUUCCUUGGAUGAGAAGAUUAUGAACGCGAAAACAGUGAAUGGGUUACUUGCCAUCACCGACAUUGGGGCGAACAUUUCCCGCAAACACGCCCUGAAAGUGGUUUCCAUUCUAGCCGAAUGGAGCUCUAUUAAUCGCGUUAAAUUAUCCGAAUUCGAGAAUGAUGCUCGUUUUAUUAAGCUGUGCCGGUUGCUGGGCCGGGCUGUUCCGAAAAACUCGAAUGGGAACAACCAGGGGAAGUCUGUUGCCGGCUUCCGAACUGACGACUUGAACACAGUCCUGGGCAUCGCAGGCGAUGACGAGGCAGCAAAGCUUGUGGCCAGCAUUAGCAUAACACAAAUGGUGAAAGUAAUGGCGGCUUUGGCUCAGCGGAAAAGGCGCAGCACGCCCUUGCUCAGGUCGCUGGCAUUCAACAUCAGCAGCAGCUCUGAGGUGUUGGAUUUGAAGCAAUGCAGUGACGUCUUGUACGCGAUGGCUUCACUGAAUUUCCCUGAUCCUGUGUUGACGGCAAAGGUGACUGCCGAUGUGCAAGCUGGACUACCGAGUAAUACUGACAAACCGGCGGCUGUUGGAUCGAUUCUGACCAGCUUAGGAAUGCUGAAAUAUCGUGAUUUAGAUCUAUUGGAGUCACUAGUCAACUGGACGUUAAAAAAUCAUGAAAUUUGUCGACCUCAAGAUUUGAAUGCUCUAUUUCUUACAAUGGCGACACUAAAUUUCAAAUCAACUAGCAUAAAUGAAAUCAAAAGCAAAUUAGUACCAGCUUUGACGGCGGAUGAUUACGGUAGAUCAUCCGAUUGGCUUGGACAUGUGUGGUCUUUGACACUGCAAGGAUUAAGCGAUGAAAAUCGAAUCGCGUCUGUGUUGAAAGAUGAGUUUAUCGAGAAAUUGGAAAGUGAAAAAGGAGGACUCACACCUACUAUGAAAAUGAAAUUGCUAAAUAUCAAUGCGAGUGCAAAGCACCUUCUGGGAGGCUAUAAGGGUCCUUUCUUGAAGGAAGAUGGUCCAGUGUUUUCGGUUCCAAUGGCUCAUAACAAAUCUAAACAGAUUAUUGUGAAUGGCAUGUUGGAUGCUCUUAAGAGUCUGUUAUCGUCGAGUACGUACGUGAAAACACUAGUCGAUUCCAAAAUGGGUUUCCUUAUCGACGCUGAAUGUUUAUUGGAUGCAAAAUGUAAUCCUCUUCCCGUGGACAAAAACCAACCUGGUGCUGUGAGGGUGGCGAUAAUGGUUGUGGAUUUCCAUGAUAUAUGUCAGGGGACGCAUCGUUCCAUUUCCGGUGUUACACAUUUAAGUUUUGAUUUAUUAGAGAAAUGUGGCUAUAAGAUCAUAAGCGUGCCGUACAAUGAGUUCAGUACAAGUGAAAAGUUACUUAAACGCGUGCAGUAUCUUGAAGGAAAGCUGAAGAGAGUUGUAAAAGAUAAAAAUUAGAAAAUAUUAUAAUUAACGAAUAAAACAAGUGUUUUGUUUCAAUCGA